GUAGUAACUAUCUUGGGAAGCUUGAAUACUCCCAAACUCCGAGUCACAGCCACACCGUCUCUUUUGCCAAAGAGAAAACACUCCUGUUGAGGCUCACCAGCCCUGGAAAGCCGCUGGCACCCAGGAACAUGAGUGGACGGGCCCGUGUGAGAGCGCGAGGCAUCACCACUGGCCACAGUGCUAGGGAAGUGGGGCGGUCCUCAAGAGACCUCAUGGUUACAUCUGCCAGUCCUGGGGACAGCGAGGCCGGAGGUGGGACAAGUGUCAUUUCACAGCCAUAUGAACUUGGUGUCUCUUCUGGUGAUGGUGGACGUACCUUCAUGGAAAGAAGAGGCAAAGGCAGACAGGACUUCGAAGAGUUGGGUGUCUGUACCAGGGAAAAGUUGACCCACGUAAAAGAUUGUAAAACAGGUUCUAGCGGAAUACCUGUGCGGCUGGUUACAAAUCUCUUUAAUUUAGAUUUGCCCCAGGAUUGGCAGCUGUACCAGUACCAUGUCACGUACAGCCCAGAUUUAGCCUCUAGGAGGCUGAGGAUUGCUUUGCUUUAUAAUCACAGCAUACUCUCAGACAAGGCAAAAGCAUUUGACGGUGCCAGCCUUUUCCUCUCAGAAAAGCUGGACCAGAAGGUCACAGAACUGACAAGUGAAACACAAAGAGGUGAGACUAUAAAGAUAACGCUCACCCUAACGAGCAAGCUCUUCCCAAACUCCCCUGUGUGCAUUCAGUUCUUCAAUGUCAUCUUCAGAAAGAUCUUGAAAAACUUGAGUAUGUACCAAAUUGGACGGAACUUCUAUAAGCCUUCAGAACCAGUGGAGAUCCCUCAGUACAAAUUGUCCCUGUGGCCUGGGUUUGCCAUUUCUGUGUCUCACUUUGAAAGCAAGCUCCUAUUCAAUGCUGACGUGAACUACAAAGUCCUCCGCAAUGAGACCGUUCUGGACUUCAUGACUGAUCUCUGCCUCAGAACUGGCAUGUCUUGCUUCACCGAGAUGUGCCACAAACAACUAGUGGGGCUCGUUGUCCUUACCAGAUACAACAACAAAACAUAUCGUAUCGAUGACAUUGACUGGUCUGUGAAGCCCACACAGGCCUUUCAGAAGCGGGACGGCUCAGAGGUCACAUAUGUGGAUUACUACAAGCAGCAAUAUGAUAUCACCUUAUCUGACCUAAAUCAGCCAGUGCUUGUUAGUCUGUUGAAAAGAAAGAGAAAUGAUAACUCUGAGCCUCAGAUGGUCCACCUGAUGCCAGAGCUCUGCUUUCUCACAGGCCUGAGCAGCCAAGCAACCUCAGAUUUCCGCCUGAUGAAGGCAGUAGCUGAAGAGACUCGGCUCAGUCCUGUGGGAAGGCAGCAGCAGCUGGCCCGACUCGUGGAUGACAUCCAGAGGAACCCAGUGGCUCGGUUUGAGCUUGAGACCUGGGGAUUGCAUUUUGGAAGCCAGCUAUCCCUGACCGGCCGGGUUGUUCCCUCUGAAAAAAUCCUGCUGCAGGACCACACAUGUCAACCUGCAUUUGCUGCUGACUGGUCCAAAGAUAUGCGAUCUUGCAAAGUUUUGAGUUCUCAGCCUUUGAAUAGAUGGUUGAUCGUGUGCUGUAACAGGGCUGAGCACUUGAUUGAAGCCUUUCUGAGCUGUCUGAGGAGAGUUGGAGGUUCCAUGGGAUUUAACGUGGGCUACCCCAAAAUCAUAAAAGUGGACGAGACCCCAGCAGCGUUCCUUCGAGCCAUCCAGGUGCACGGCGACCCCGAUGUUCAGUUGGUGAUGUGCAUUCUGCCUUCUAAUCAGAAGAACUAUUACGACUCCAUUAAAAAGUAUUUGAGCUCUGACUGCCCAGUGCCAAGCCAGUGUGUGCUGACCCGGACCUUGAAUAAGCAGGGAACGAUGCUGAGUGUGGCCACCAAGAUCGCCAUGCAGAUGACCUGCAAACUUGGCGGAGAGCUGUGGUCUGUGGAGAUCCCAUUGAAGUCCCUGAUGGUCGUGGGUAUUGAUAUCUGCAGAGAUGCCCUCAACAAGAAUGUGGUGGUCGUCGGGUUUGUAGCCAGCAUUAAUUCCAGGAUCACCAGGUGGUUUUCCCGCUGUGUCCUUCAGAGAACAGCGGCUGAUAUUGCAGAUUGCCUCAAAGUCUGCAUGACUGGUGCUCUCAACCGGUGGUACAGACACAACCAUGACUUGCCGGCACGGAUAGUCGUGUACCGGGACGGUGUAGGCAAUGGCCAGCUAAAGGCAGUUUUGGAAUAUGAAGUCCCACAGCUACUGAAAAGUGUAACAGAGUGCGGCUCGGAUGCCAGGAGCUGCAGACUGUCCGUGGUUGUGGUCAGGAAGAGAUGUCUACUGCGCCUCUUUGCUUCGACUGACCACACUGUGCAGAACCCCCCACUCGGCACUGUUGUGGACUCAGAAGCAACACGUCCGGAGUGGUAUGACUUCUACCUGAUCAGCCAGACUGCUAACCGGGGGACUGUUAGUCCCACCCACUACAACGUUAUCUAUGAUGACAAUGCCUUGAAGCCUGACCACAUGCAGCGACUGACCUUCAAACUGUGCCAUCUCUACUACAACUGGCAGGGCUUAAUCAGUGUCCCCGCACCAUGCCAAUAUGCACACAAGCUGACCUUCCUGGUGGCACAAAGUGUCCACAAGGAACCAAGUCUGGAAUUAGCCAAUAAUCUUUUCUACCUCUGACAAGUGAGCCAGAGGACGGCUUGAGACUCCGAAAGCAGUGGCUCUGCGUUGUUCAGAUCUGCCUACCGCUCAGGCUCCUGCGGCUUACGGGGCUUGGGCCUAACUUUAAGUAUUGGGAAGGGGGGGUUGUUUUGUUUUGUUUUGUUUUGUUUUUUAAAAAAAAAACUCAUUUGAAAAAGUUCAGAACAAACCUAUGGGGAUUUUUGUUUCACUUGUGUCUAAAACCAACAAAGACAAACAAACAGAACCCACAGAGUGAUGGGUUUUCUUGUGGCUUUGUCAUGUGUCAUUUUACUUUGGCCUGGUUCAGCCUUGUAUUUCUCUUCUCUUCUCUUCUCUUCUCUUCUCUUCUCUUCUUUUCUUUCUUUCUUUUUCUUUUUUUUAAGUCAGUGCUUGAGGUAAAUUCUCAUGUGGUACUUGGGAUAUAUCAUCACAGCUUCUAAAACAAUAUUUGUGUGGUAUUUUGAUGGUACAUAGUGGGGUUUAACUUCAGGAAAUUAUCAGAGUUUUUCUAAACAUUGUAGAGCAUUUUGUAGAGUGGGUUAAGUAAAUAUUGAAAAUAAAGAAAAUCUAAGCAUCACA